AUGGACUUUUUCUGUUAAUCAAACAAAGAAACUUACUCAGUUUAAAAAAUAAUAGAUUUUUUAAAUGAAUAAAAUAAAAUGAGAAGGGAAAUUAACGUAUUCUAAGAAAUAUCUUUGCUAACUAUGCUUGAUGUAAUCAAAAAACAAAUGCAAUAUUAAUUGCAUCUACGUAUAAAUGAUAAUGAAAUUCAAAAGUCUAUCUUAUAAAUCAACAAUUAUGUAAUAUAUGAGUAGGAGAAGGAUGUGAUCAAUUAACUGCUUUUACAAAGUAUAGACUUGAAAAUUUAAAUUUAUGAAAAAAUGAGAAAAUAGUUUUAAGAUAUAUCUGAAUUAGAGGAAAUUAAUUUUAAUACAAACGAAAAUUUAAGGUCAUUAGAAAAAAAAAUUGUUGGUUUAUAUAAUCGAUUUCCAAAUAAGAAAAAUUAAAACUAUCUCUGCUUUUACCUGACAGAAAUUUAAAAUAACUUUAAAAAAGCCUUAGAUGUGUCUAGAUAAGUUAGGUUAAAUGGUUAUGAAGGUGACUUUACUAUUUAACAUAAAAACAAUGUAAUGGACAUAUUUGGGUCUGAUGUUGUGUCUGCGACUAUAACUAUGGGUAAAGUUUGGGGUCGGAUUCAGAGAGUUUCUGAUUAAUUGCCUUCAGUUCUAGGAUACAAGAAGUAAGAAUUUUAAUACAUUAACCACAUUAAAGAAAUAAUGCCUGUCACGAUUGCCAAAAUUCAUGAUGAUCUUAUAAAAUACUUGAUGACUACAGGAUAAGAUAACAUUAUACAUUCUCGAAGAGAUCUCUUUUUAAGAAACAAAAACAAUUACUUGGUUAGAGCCUAAAUAUUUAUUUCUUUGAAUCUCCAUUAUAAGGAAGAGUUACCAUAUGUAGCGUUCGCUAAAAUAAUUCCAACUUAUAGUGGAUUUUUUGUUGUUAAUAGCAAUGGCAUUAUUGAAGGAAUUGAUUAAAACACUCUUGAAAAAUUUGGCUUUGUUGGAAAAUAUAAGAUAAAUUGUCUUCCAGCUUACAUAAGUUUUGAUAUCAGAUAAUUUUUUGCUAACUAUGAUAGUUUAAUUAACUCUAUUGACCCUCAGUUGAAUUAUCUUUAAAAAGAAAAGGUUCCUUUUAUUUUUCCUAAUAAUAAUCAUCCAAUAAUGAUGUCUUUAAUUCAACACUCUAUCGAAUAAUCAGAGGUGAAGCAAAAUAAAAAUGAAAAUAUCCAAGCCACUUAAACAGAAAUUAAUGCAGAAGAUCAAUUUAUGAAUUUAAGUAAAUAAAGUAAUGCCUAUUAAAAAAAAAACUAGCAGCUAUUUGAAUCUAAUAUAAGUCCCACUAAAUAAGCAAACCAAAAGGAUUAAAAUUUUACUAAAUAUUAUAUUGACAUAAAUGUUGAAAAGAGAGAUUUACAUAUUUUAACUGGAAAAUACUGCUAUUUCGUUAUAGAAAUAAAAAAUGCCAUCCUUGCCCAAGAUGAUAAUACAUCAAAACCUGAAUCUUAAUCCUAGUUUAGCAAUAAAGUGGUGCAGUUUUCAGAAAAAUAAAACUCAUAAAAUUUUAAGUUUAAUUAAAAUAUAAAAAAUAAGGCUGCUAAAGAAUAUCAUUCAACACUCAAGUAAAGCUAUCAUAAAAAUUAAAGUAAUUUAGAAGAAAUUAGAGAUAGUGAAUCAUUGAUACAAGAAGAUAUAGGCUUGUCUAAAAUAAAUACUACACGCUAAUUUAAAAAUGGGUAAUUUUAAUAAAUAAAUGAAGAUUAACCUAAAGAUUUGUUUAUAGUUAAUGAAAGUUUUGAUAACAUCAAGCCUAUCCAAAACCUUUCAAACAUCUAAUAAUAAAAUAGUGAAUUAAAAGAUAAGGAAUUAAGUUUUAACUAAGAUCAAAGCUAAUUUUUUUAAAAUGAUUAGCUGUUAUCGAUCCCAUCGAACUUGUACAAAAAUAACAAGCCGUCAUCAAUCUCAUCAUAUUCAAAAUAACAAAUUUCAAAUAUAUAUUAAAAUAUAGAUUUAUCAGGUUAAAUUGCUCAAAAUGAAUUAGAACUUUAUUAAGACAACUUGUAAAAAGAAGAGAAAAUUAUUUUAACAAGGUCAUCUUCCACCUUUUCUGACACUUAAGAGGAAAAAAAAGUAUAAUUUAAUAUAAAGGAUAAAGCCUAAGGAGAAAUUACAUCUGUGGCAUCUACUACUAGUAACAUAAGCAAGUUCAUAGAUAAUUGGAUUUGUAAAAAUAAUUGA